GAAAUUCAGAUAAUUAACUAGUAAUCUUUUUACUAACAGCCUAAAAACCUACCAAAUUUGUCUUUCAUUUUUUGCAUCAACACUAUAUGCAAAGGGUAGGCGUCUAUUGUAUCAAUAUAUGUACAUAAAUCGGUAUGAAUUUAAAACCCUAGAAAAGAGAGUCAAGAAUGGUGAAAGUGAGUAGAGUGCUUCUCAGAGAUGGAGGGCUGGUAAUAAGCAAAACCCUCUCAGAAAUACUGGUUUGUCCGCUCUCUAAACAGCCCCUGAGGAUAUGUGAGCAAUCGAAUUCUCUGAUCAGCGAUGCCACGGGAGUUUCUUUUCCGAUUGUGAAUGGGAUCCCUUGCCUUGUGCCAAAUGAUGGGAAGAUAAUUGACACUGAUGACAUGCCGAAACAUGGGGGUGCUGCUAUUGAUUCAACUGACGAAAACUCCACAUCAAGGGGUAGCUUGUAGAAUGUGGGAUCAGAUGGAGAGGUAUCCAUUGUGCUAAUAUAUUGGACUUGCGUGAUUCCACAUUCUACUAGGAGUAACGUUUACUGGUUUUCUGUAAUCUUCAUCUUUGUAUUGCAUGCAUUAUUUUCCCUUGGAGAACUACUUACACAGCUUCAAUGAUUUGUUAGAGAACUACUUAUACAGCUUCAAUGAUUUGUGCUAUCAUCAGUUAUUUCUACUGGUGAUUGGAUUUUAACAAUAAAGGCAACAAUAUUUUAACAUUUA